AUGUGUGAUACGUGUCGACAACAGCCAAUUUAUGGAAUCAGAUGGAAAUGUGCAGAAUGCAACAAUUAUGAUUUAUGUUCGAUUUGUUAUCAUUCAGAUAAACAUCAUUUAAGACAUCGAUUUUAUCGAAUAACUGUUCCUGGCGGAGAUCGAAUUCUAAUGGACCCGAGAAGAAAAUCAAAAAAGAUUGCAGUGCGAGGAAUCUUUCAAGGAGCUCGCGUUGUUCGUGGUGUUGAUUGGCAAUGGGAAGAUCAAGAUGGAGGAAAUGGAAGACGAGGUAAAGUGAUUGAAAUUCAAGAUUGGGCAGCAACAUCUCCGAGAUCAGCAGCAUACAUUACAUGGGAUAAUGGAGCAAAGAAUCUCUAUCGAGUUGGAUAUGAAGGAAUGGCUGAUUUGAAAGUUGUGAACGAUGCUAAAGGCGCGACAGUUUAUCGAGAUCAUUUACCUUUACUUGGAGAAAAUACUGCAACAAAGAGUCAUAAUGGAUUUCAAAUUGGUGACAGUGUCAUUGUUGAUUUAGAACUCGAAGUCGUUCAAUCAUUCCAACAUGGACAUGGCGGGUGGACAGACGGAAUGUUUGAAUGCUUAAACAAUCCCGGAAAAGUUGUUGGAAUCGAUGAAGAUCAUGACAUUGUUGUGUCAUAUCCAAGUGGCAAUCGUUGGACUUUCAAUCCCGCAGUUCUCACAAAAAUGGCAUCGAAUGCCACUGACGACUCAGCAAAUCAAUUUGCUGUUGGUGAUUUUGUGAAAAUUUGUAGUGAUUUGGAACGAAUAAAAAUCUUACAACGAGGACAUGGCGAGUGGGCAGAGGCAAUGAUUCCAACUUUGGGAAAAGUUGGAAGAGUUCAGCAGAUUUAUUACGAUAAAGAUUUAAAAGUGGAAGUUGGAAACACGUCGUGGACUUACAAUCCAUUAGCAGUAACAAAAGUUGCUUCGUCAUCUGACGGAUCAGUUUCGGCGGUUGCUGCUAAUGGUGAACGUUUGUCGGCUAUUUUGAAGAAACUUUUUGAACCUCAGGUAUCGUCAGAUAUCACUGAAGAGCUUGUUAAAGCAGCUGCAAACGGUGACAGUGCGAAAUGUGAAAUGUUUUUGAAUCCAAAUGGACAAGUGCAAGCACCAAUUGAUCAUCAACCAACGGGAUCACCACUGGGCGAUCAACAAGAACAAACAAAUCAACAAUCAUUGCCGUCAACAUCUUCAGGUCCGACCGUGUCAACAGUCAAUCAAGCAAAUGUUAAUGGAGUCUUUGCUGGUCACACGAGUCUACAGGCAGCCAGUCAAAAUGGACAUCUGGAUGUCAUCAAAGUGCUUCUUAAAUACAACGCAGAUGUAGAGAUUGAAGAUAAAGACGGCGAUCGUGCUGUUCACCAUGCAGCAUUUGGUGAUGAGCCGGCAGUUAUUAAAUUGCUUGCACAAGCUGGCGCUGAUUUAAAUGCUCGAAAUAAACGACGUCAAACAGCUUUGCAUAUCGCUGUUAACAAAGGUCACAAUAAUGUCGUAAAAACUCUAUUGGAGCUUCGUUGUCAUCCAAGUCUUCAAGAUUCUGAAGGUGACACGCCGCUUCACGAUGCAAUUUCUAAAGACAACGACAUUUGUUUAACAUUCUUGUUAGAGUUUGGUGCUGAUGUAACGUUAACAAACAACAAUGGAUUUAAUUCUAUUCAUCAUGCUGCAUUGAAGGGAAACCCAACAGCGAUGAAGAUUUUAUUAUCGAAAAUCAAUCGUCCAUGGAUUGUUGAAGAGAAGAAAGACGAUGGUUACACCGCACUUCAUCUCGCUGCACUUAAUAAUCACGUGGACAUUGCUGAUCUGCUUAUUAACAUGGGGAAAGCGAAUUUAGAUCGACAAAAUGUUAAUUUACAAACGGCUUUACAUCUUGCUGUUGAACGACAACAUGUUCAGAUUGUAAAGCUUUUAGUUCGUAAAGGUGCCAACCUAAAUAUUCCAGAUAAAGAUGGUGACACGCCAUUACAUGAAGCACUUCGUCAUCACACACUUUCGCAAUUAAGACAGUUACAAGAUGUCGAAGGCUUUGGGAAAAUUCUCAUGGGAUUACGCAAUAAUACUGAUAAGAAAGCAUCGGCGUCUAUUGCUUGCUUCCUAGCAGCAAAUGGAGCUGAUCUGACAGUUAAAAAUCGUAAACUUCAAACGCCUUUGGAUCUUUGUCCUGACCCCAACUUAUGUAAAAUCCUUAUUAAAUGUUAUAACGAAAAGCAUACAGAAGACAUCGAGACGACGACAAUGGAUGAUAAACAUUUGAGCAACGGAAUGAAUAACGAAAAUAACAAUCAACAGCAAACGCAACAGACGAAACAAGUUGAAUCGUCGGAUAUUAACGUUGAUGAAUGUCUUUUAUGUUCGGAGCAGAAACGAAAUACUGUUUUCAAGCCUUGCGGUCAUGUUGUGUCGUGUGAAGCUUGUGGAUCGCGAAUUAAGAAAUGUUUGAUUUGUCGUGAGACGGUUUCAUCGAGAGAAAAGAUUGACGAAUGUCUCGUCUGUUCAGAUCGUAAAGCUUCGGUCUUCUUCAAACCAUGCGGACAUAUGGUUGCAUGUGAUCAUUGCGCUCCAAUUAUGAAGAAAUGCGUUCAAUGUCGAACAGCAAUCGAUCAAAUGGUUCCUUUCAAAGUUUGUUGUGGAUCAACAGGAACGAUAGCAAAAGUCGUUCAAAGUAUCGCUGAUCAUAAGAAAGAUGCUCAUAUACUUCAAGGAACUAACCACAAUGGACAUAACAUCAACAUGAACAAUUGUAAUUCGAUCAAUAACAAAUUCAGUGUUGUAGCGACUUCAUCGUCAUCAUCAUCAGCGCAAUCAACUUACAAUAAUUUAAGUAGUACGAGUGGAAUGCACAACCACAAUAAUAACAGCAACAAUAACAAUAAUUUGAUGCACAGUUCGAAUCUCAAUCAAGCGACUAACUCAACAAAUCUUGCGUCUAAUAACGCACCAACAACAUCAACAAUAACGAAAGCCGAUCAGGAGAGUAACGUGAAUUUAUUUGAUGACAUGCAGAAACUUCAACAACAAUUACAAGACAUUAAAGAACAGACGAUGUGUCCGGUUUGUUUUGAUCGAAUCAAGAACAUGGUUUUCCUAUGUGGACAUGGCGUUUGUCAAUAUUGCGGCGAUCAAAUUGAAGGCUGUCCGAUAUGUCGAAAGACAGUAGAAAAGCGAAUUUUAUUGUUUUAAUUCAAUUAAGAAUGUCAAAUGUCGCGAAAAAAAAUCUUCUUAAUGAACGUAAAUUAAAUUUAGUUUUCUUUUCUAUUUUUAUCAUUUUUAAAUCUCACGAUUCAUGAUCAUGCAAUAAUUUUUAGCAUUUUAAAUAUAUUUAGUUAAGAACGCAUUAAUUUUGUUAUGUUCUAGUUAUUAAGUAUUAAAUGUCGCAUUUUAUUUGAAGAACUUUUUUUGUUUACUUUAACUUUGUUAAUGGCAAGCAAGCAAUCAAAAAAGUUGUAACUUAAGUGUGAACUUUUUCCAUUUAAGAAAUGGAAUUGAUAAAGCUAAUUUUUUUAAUAUAAAAUUGUAUAGUUCAUCGACUUUACUUUUAAACACUGACGAUCCUUUUUUCUUCCACUCAUACCUAAUUCUUUUAAUUAAAUUUUAUUGAAAAUAUUAAAUAUCGAAUAAAAAAUUGCAACAAAAAUUAUAAA